AUGCCGGACGCCUCCUUCUGCAUCUCCAGCGAUGGAAACCGCGUUGGUAAUGGCGUGAAGGUGCAUCUUUGGAAAUGUGACCAGCUGUGGCAAAGUGGCGGACAAAACUUCUUCAUGGACGAAGCGGGACGGCUUCGGUUGCAUCAGACACCUGACUACUGUGUAGUCAUUGACGGCGACAGGUACGAGAAUGGAGCCAAGAUCCAGCUUUGGAAGUGCAAUGAGGGCAACAGGCACCAGACUUGGUACUUUAACGAGGCAGGACAGAUUGAGGCCCGCCACGCUCCGGGAAAGAUGUGCUUGGUGAUUGAUGCCAACCAGGCCUUCAAUGGGGCCAAGGUUCAGCUGUGGUCAUGCCAAUGGUCAGCGGACAAAGUUCAGGAUUGGCUGAAGAUUUCCCUGAGCCCCUCCGGAUACCUGGCCUACGCCCUGCCCAAUGAGGACAAGGCAUGCACGUUUCCGUUCGAGCCUGUCACCACCAACACC